CUUGACGGUUGUGUGUGGGGACAGGUGGGAGCUCCGGUCUGACGAGCUGCUGUUGUUCUCCAUACAAAGAGAGCAAAGCCGGAGAAACACUUCAGAUUUACAUUAAAAUAAAAACACAAACACGUUUCGGUUCAUUCAGACAUUAAACGUUAAAUGAAAAUAAUGUCCACGAGCCGGUCUGCGUGAAAAAUGUCCGACAAAGAAGAGAGAAAUUCAAGAGAAACUGCGCAGUCAUAGUUUAAUGGGAGCGGUGACCUGAGCAGAUAUGGCAGCUGACGACAAGGUUGCCAUCCUGACAGACGACGAGGAGGAGCAGAAGAGGAAGUAUGUGUUGGCCGAGCCCUUCAACACGCUGUCCAUGGAGCAGCCGACGGGUGUUUCCACGCCACCGCCGGCUGCUUCAGACACGCCGCCCGAGCAGCCGGCGGCGUCGCCUCCUGACUCAAUAGACUGCUGCGAGAGGAUGUGCCUCCGCAUCAACAGCCACCUCCUCGUCUCCAAGGUGUUCUACUUCUUCUUCUACGCCGCCUACGGCUCGCUGCACCCUCUGCUGGCCGUGUACUACAAGCAGCUCGGCAUGUCGGCCAGCCGCAGCGGGCUGCUCGUCGGCAUCCGCUACUUCAUCGAGUUCUGCAGCGCCCCCUUCUGGGGGGUGGUGGCGGACCGCUUCAAGAAAGGGAAGAUCGUGCUGCUGUUUUCUGUUCUGUGCUGGCUGAUGUUCAACUGCGGCAUCGGCUUCGUCAAACCAGCGGAGAUGAAGUGUGAGGAGAAAGGUGCCGCUCCUCCUACGACGCCGGUGCCGGUGAUGACCACACUCAUGUACGAUCAUAACUUCACGCAGGCGAGCAACUCCACCAACCGCACCAGAAGUCGCCGCAGCCUUCUGGAUCUCCUCAAGCUUCCUGAGAUCCUGGACUCUUAUUUCAGCGCGCACCACAGGUACAAGCGAAGCGUAGACGCCAACGCCACUCCUGCUCCUUUUGAGCUGGUUAACACCACCCAGCAGACGCUAAUCGCCGCAGUCCCCAUACGAAACACCACCCACCACAUGCCAAACACAACCGUCUCUGCACCAAACACCACCAUCACCACCACAACCUCGCCUGCUCCGACCGAGAAGAAGGAGUACCAGAUCACCUACAACAGGGACCAGGUGGAGAGCAUCUUCCUGCUCAUCCUGCUCGUCAUCAUCGUGGGCGAAUUCUUCAGCGCCCCCGCCGUCACCAUCGUGGACACCGUCACCCUGCAGUACCUCGGUAAGGCCCGCGACCGUUACGGCCUGCAGAGGAUGUGGGGCUCGCUGGGCUGGGGUCUGGCCAUGCUGCUGGUGGGCAUCUGGAUCGACCACACGCACAUCACCGUGGUGAUCGACGGCGUGGGCUGCAUCGUGCCCGACUUCCGCCUCCACAACUACCAGAUCGCCUUCAUCGUCUUCGGCGUGCUGAUGGGCCUGGCGUUCGUCGUCGCCACUCAGUUUUACUUCGAAAAAGGCGGCGACUACAGGCAGGAGGUUCCAGAGGGGGUGGUGGAGGACCCGUGCACGCCGGGAGCGUUACCCGAGUCCAGCCCGUCGGACCAGAGUUCCGUCGGCUGUGACCCUGCUCAGGAGUUCAGCUACAGCGACCUCCUGAGGCUCCUCUGCAGCGUGCGCUACAGCUCCGUCCUCUUCGUCGCCUGGUUCAUGGGCUUCGGCUACGGCUUCGUCUUCAGCUUCCUGUACUGGCACUUGGAGGACCUGAAGGGGACCACCACGCUGUUCGGCGUCUGCUCCGUCCUGAGCCACAUCUCGGAGCUCGCCGCCUACUUCACCAGCCACAAGUUCAUCGAGCUGGUCGGACACAUCAGGGUGCUGUACAUCGGCCUGGCCUGCAACACAGCUCGCUACCUGUACAUCUCCUACCUGAAGAACGCCUGGACCGUCCUGCCCAUGGAGGUCCUUCAAGGUGUGACCCACGCCUCAGUUUGGGCAGCCUGUAUCUCCUUCCUGAGUGCGGCGGUCCCUCCGGCCUUGAGGACGUCGGCGCAGGGCAUCCUGCAGGGCCUCCACCUGGGCCUGGGCCGUGGCUGUGGAGCCAUGGUGGGCGGCGUGUUUGUCAACUACUUUGGUGCUGCAGCAACGUUCAGAGGGAUCGGCAUGGCCUCCCUCGUCAUCCUCCUCAUCUUCGCCUUCAUCCAGUGUGUGACUGGAGAGUCUGAGGGGAAAGAGGACAAAAUGCUGGCGGAGAACAUCCCCGUCCCCUCCAGCCCGGUCCCCAUCGCCACCAUCGACCUGGUGCAGAGCCAAGCCGCCGCCACCGCCGGUAGCCCUGUCCCGGCCCGCCAGGUCGCAGCGCUGCCCGUCAGGAAGACCAAACACCAGGAGGACCAGGAGGACGUGAACAAGCCGGCCUGGGUGCUCUCUGGCGCCCCCUGGGUCACCAUCGCCUUCGCUAUCGUCCAGAUUAAGGAGAUGAUGAAUCUGGCGAAGAGCGGCGCUCCGCCUACAGAGACUCAACCGCUUCAGGUACCUAAUGAGAAGGCGUCGGCCGAGUGCAAGGCGGUGGCGACGUCACACAGAAACCAGAGUGAUGACGGCACAGAAACACCCACACAACCAGACACCACCCACCCGGCACCAACAGACGCAAACGGGGACAAAGACCAAACGCACCCGCCCUCGCACAGAGGAGAGGAAAACCCAGCGUUCACGGCUGACGACGCACACUGACAUUCAGUCAAACACUGUAUCUGUGUCGCAAAAUGUGCUUGAAAUACGACCAGAAAACAUCCUGUCAUUCCGAAAAUAAGCUGCAGCUCAUAUUUUAAACGGUUUUAAGACUCAGACGCGACUUGUUUUAACAAAAGGGACAUUUGGGUUGAAUGUUUGGAGGUGCGUUUGCGCCUCAGAGGAGCGUUGUGCACUAUAUUUACUGCCCUGUGACGGUGGACUUAUUUAUUGACUUAAUUUACGUAGAAAUGUGACGAAAAUGGGGAUUUAAUUCAGCAGUUUGAUUCUGUAAAACUUAAACAGCAUUAAACAGUGACAGCUUCUCUACCAGCACAGGAUUAACACAUUAAAAUGCCUUUUUGUCAAGAGUCUCUGACACAAAUUUAGAAUUUUUUAAACUGAAUUAGUGUUUUUUUAUGCACUGAAAUACAAAAGUUCCCAAUCUUUUGCACCGCAGACCAGCUGACGGUAAAUUCAUGCACAUUUUUAGUCCAUGCAUGAAUAUUUUUCACUCCCAGCACACAAAAAAUGAAAGAAAGUUGAUUAAAUUUGUUCCAAACAGAGACAAAAACCUCACUCUAUUGGCAGGAGUUAUCGCAACACUGCUGGGGAAUACUUUGGCCAGCGUGCUCGUGAAACAGAUAUUUAAUUGUAUUCUCUUCGGUAUUAAAAAGGUCUCACAAAGUCUUGAAUGUAGCUCGUUAAAUCCUGCAGAAACCUGCUGCUUAAUUAUUAUUCGUCGUCUUUUGCUGAGUUUCCUCGCAGAUCUCGUGUGGCCUCAUGCGCUGGGAGCCGGUGUAACGUUGACAGGAAAGGGUUCAGAUUCUGUCACGUCUGUUAAAAGUGCUGCUGGAGAUAUAUUUUUAUAAUUUACAGGCGAAGCGGUGAUGAAGAAGUGCCUCUUUAAAACAUCAUUACUGUUCUAACUUAUUGUGACUGUUUGUCAUGCGAGGAUCCCUUUACAGACGGAUCUGAGGGUCUUUCUUAAACCCUGAUUCCAAUAUUUUUCUAUUGGAGCUGCCAAUAGCCGACACACUGUAUUUACUGUCUUUGUUUUCCAUUUCCAUGCCAAACUGUUCCCAGUGUUCUGCGUUAACGUCUCGUCUGGAUGGAGAAAUCCUCAGAGACAGAAUCACAUGAAGAAAUUCUGUUUGUUUUUUCUGUACAUUUAAUGAUUAAAGGAUGUUUUACCCUUUAA